AAGGGUUAACGUUAAUCUGCCGGGGAAGAGGCGGAGAUUCCAGCUGGGACUCCAACCGACAGCAGCUCCAACCUGGGAAGGAACAGCCACUUUGUUGCGUCCACUUUUUGUCCGUCUCUUCGGCCGCUUUCCGGCUCCGGUUGGUCUUUACGGACGGUUCGGACGGAGACGCGGCCUCAUGGCACCGACGGGGCGGCUGGGUGUCCGCUGUCAGCCCGGGCUGGAGGACUGAGGGAGCUGCGGAGGAGAGCAGGAGCAGAAAGUCGAGCUGAUCAACAGGACGCUGCUUUCUCUGCACACGUCAGACAAUGGAGAGCCGCCGCCGCACCGAGCCGCCUGUCUGCGCCGCGGAGCCGCGCACCGGAGCGGCGGCGUCGGUCUGAGCUGCCCUACUGCCGAGGCUGGACCCGGAGGGCUCCGAUGGGAGAGUGAACCUUGCUCUGAGUGCAGAGAACCAGACGGAACCCGGGAUUCGACUCGUAAACACGCACAGUGGCACCAUGUGGAGCGCGGCGCCGUGGACGCGCAGAGCGGCUCUGUGCUGCGUCCUGCUGCAGACGUUAGUGCACAGCUCCGGAGGUCUCAACAUGUGCAUGAGCGGCAGCGCUGCUUCCUGUGAGGAAUGUCUGCUGAUUCACCCAAACUGCGCCUGGUGCUCACAGCAGGACUUCGGCAGAGGCUGGACGUCACGCUGUGAUUUCUUCACCAACCUGCUGAAGAGAGGCUGUGAGAACCGCUUCAUCGAGUUCCCCAGCAGCAGAACCUCCAUCCUGGAGAGCCGGCCUCUGAGCUCCGAAGGCUCCGGGUGGACUCAGUACGACGUGGUCCAGAUCAUGCCCCAGAAGAUCUCCCUGAGCCUGCGACCAGGAGGCCAGACGUGGUUCGGGCUGCAGGUCCGGCAGGUAGAGGACUACCCGGUGGACCUGUACUACCUCAUGGACCUGUCUCUGUCCAUGAAGGACGACCUGGACACCAUCAGGAACCUGGGCACCAAGCUGGCCCAGGAGAUGGGGAAGCUCACCAGCAACUUCAGGCUGGGCUUCGGCUCCUUUGUGGACAAGAACAUGUCGCCGUUCUCCUACACGGCAGACAAGUACCAGGAGAACCCCUGCAACGGGUACAAACUGUUUCCUAACUGCGUCCCGACCUUCGGUUUCCGUCACAUCCUGUCUCUGACCGAUAAGGUGGACCGCUUCAACGAGGAGGUGCAGAAGCAGAUGGUUUCUCGUAACAGAGACGCUCCAGAGGGCGGCUUCGACGCCAUCCUGCAGGCCGCCGUCUGCAAGGAGGAGAUCGGAUGGAGGAAGGAGGCCUACCAUCUGCUGGUGUUUGCCACCGAUGAUGUUCCUCACCUGGCCCUGGACGGCCGGCUGGGCGGUCUGGUCCAACCCCACGAUGGACGCUGUCACCUGAACGAGAAGAACGAGUACAGCGCCUCCACUCAGAUGGAUUAUCCAUCUCUGGCUCUGCUCGGGGAGAAGCUGGCAGAAAACAACAUCUUCCUCAUCUUUGCGGUGACCAAACGUCUCUAUGUUAUUUAUAAGGACUUCACUGCACUCAUCCCGGGGACCACGGUGGAGAUCCUGGACCAGGACUCCAAGAACGUCAUCCAGCUGAUCAUCACAGCCUACAAUAACAUCCGGUCUAAGGUGGAGCUGUCGGUGUGGGACCACCCUGAAGACCUCAGCCUGUCCUUCACCGCCACCUGCCAGGAUGGACAACCGCUGCCAGGCCUCAGGAAGUGUGCUGACCUGAAGAUCGGAGACACGGUGUCCUUCAACGUGAGCGUGGAGGCGAGGAGUUGUCCUCCCAGAGGAACCGACCAGAGCUUCACCAUCAAACCGGUGGGAUUCAAGGACCGUCUGGAGGUUUCUGUGGAUUAUCAGUGCGACUGUGGCUGCAGCCGGACAGCCAAAAGCAACAGCAGCAUCUGCAGCUCCAUCGGUACGUACACCUGUGGGACGUGUCGGUGUGAGCCGGGCUACCUGGGCGCCCGCUGCGAGUGUCAGGAAGGCGAUUCUGGCAGCAUGUACCUGAGCGCCUGCAGGGAGGCCGAGGGCAAGCAGAUCUGCAGCGGUCGAGGAGAAUGCAGCUGCAACCAAUGUCUCUGCUACGAGUCCGAGUUCGGGAAGAUCUACGGCAGCUUCUGCGAGUGCGACGACUUCUCCUGCGCCAGACACAAAGGAAUCCUCUGUUCAGGUCACGGUGAGUGUCACUGUGGAGAGUGUAAAUGUCACGCCGGCUACGUUGGAGACAACUGCAACUGUUCCACGGAGACGUCCACCUGCGUCUCUGAUGACGGACGGAUGUGCAGCGGCAGAGGAAGCUGCGUCUGCGGCCGCUGUCAGUGCAGCGAACCCGGAGCUUUUGGAGACACCUGCGAGAAAUGUCCCACCUGUCCGGACGCCUGUGGAACCAAGAGAGAAUGCAUCGAGUGUCGGCUCUUCAACUCAGGACGACUCGCUGACAAUCAGACCUGCCAGAGGCUCUGUAAGGACGAAAUCAUCACCGUGGAGACGCUCAAAACUGAGGAUCCAAACGCUGUUCUGUGUCUCUAUAAGACCGAAGACGACUGUGUGAUGAAGUUCACGUAUUCUGAACACGCCAGCGGCCUGUCGGUGCUGACGGCGCUCCAAGAACCCGAGUGCAGCCGUGGUCCAGACGCCCUCAUGGUCCUGCUGGCCGUGGUCGGCAGCAUCCUGCUGGUCGGAGUCGUUCUUCUGGCCGUCUGGAAGCUGGCCAUCACCAUCCACGACCGCAGAGAGUUCGCUCGCUUCCAGAGCGCCCGGUCCAGAGCUCGAUACGAGAUGGCGUCCAACCCUCUGUACAAGCAGCCCGUCACCACACACUUCGUAGAGACCGACUUCAACAUGUUCGGGAAGUCGUACAACGGAGGCGUCCACUGAUCCGGCGGCUCGGCAGGACCGGUCCGACCCACAGAACCGGAGAGGGAUCCCUGGACAGGAAGCUGAAUAAACUGAGUCCGACGGGGAAUCUGAGGCCUUUUUCACCUUCAGAGAGGAGAUGGAAGCCACCACAGGGACGUGAUGAGGUUCUUUAUGUUGGUGGAGCAGCAUGUCAAAGAGAACCAGCCGUGAUGAAACUCCAGCAUCCCAGCAAGCACUCCGCCUUUGUACAGCAGCAAUUUGUAUAUUUUUAUAAACACUGAAGAUGCAUUUUUAGCCUAAACCCUGCAGCCAACAGGACUCUGAGCUGCAGCACAUAACUCACCUUUAUUAAAGCACACCUUGUCAUGUUCUGGUACUACUAACAUUUACUUACCUUCAUUUUGCACACACCAUUAUUCAGAUUUUUCUGUAUGUUUUUGGUGUGAGCGUGUCGAUGUGUUCUCCAGCUGCACAACGUCUUAAAUCUGACCACCAGCACCAGAACAAAAUCUUUGCUGUUGUCAGCAUAGAGAGCAAACCCAACAUUUUUCUGGGUUUAAACCCUUUUUUUUUGUCACUCAGCUUUGUAGUUUUGGUAUCUGAUGACAUUUUAGGGUCAGAUUCACCAGAAUUACUGCUAUAUUCUCCAUAAACCAGCACAAAAUGAAGCUCGGUGUCCAAUAAGAACCUGGGAAAUGAGUUGUAAGAAGUCUUGAGACUACAAACACAAAGAGUAUGAUGUUAAACAUGUUGUGAAUCUAAGGCUCAUUCUAGAGUCUUGAACCAAAUUUUUUUCGAGUUUUGAGUUUAAAAAAGACCCUGAUCAAGACGUGUUACAAACAGACGUAUUUUCUUGAAGACAUUUGAACAAAGUGGCAUGAAUGAAUUCUUUGACUUUAGUUAAAGCUGCCAAAACCUUCAUAUGUUUUUGCCAUUUUGUCUUUUGUCACUUUUUUUGUUCCAUUUUGGUCGUUUUGUGCCUCAAAGUCCAGAUUGUUGAGUUUAAAAAGACCCUAACAAAGAUAUAUGUCUAGAUAGAUGUAACAUCAUGUUCAAUAACAGAGAAGUGUGGGUUUGGAGGAUGUUCAGCAGAUUCAUCCACAUCUGGAAUAUUUCAUGUUUGACUGGCAGUGUUUUCCUGGUUUCUUUUUUUCUUUAAUUUCAAGAUGAAAAUUAAUUUCUGGGGUUAGAAAACUGACACUUGCACAGAUGAAUUAGAUGUUAGAGAAAGUGUUGACUGGUGGAGAAAAUAAGGUUUUGUUUUUCCAGGUUUCACAGCCUUUAGGGGAGACUUCCUGAGACGAUCCAUCUUUGUUAUUUGGCAGAAAUCUGUGGAGUUUUCUCUUAUUUCUGGCGUUAGAUAAACAGAAGCGGCUGUUAAGUUUGAUUCAUUGAAACCUCUGAGGUGUCCUCCUCUGUGAAAAUAAUCGAGUCUUACGCUGCUUUCGGCUCAGAUUUGUUGCUGAUGAACCUGAACUAAUGAGUUUACUGCUUUCAUUUGGUGAAUAUUUUGGGUUUUUCUUUCAUCAUUGUUUGGACAAAAUGAGAAAUAUGAGUUUUGAAUUAGGGAACUGUGACCAUGGCAGGACUGAUUAAUGAUGUUUUUGGUGAUGACUCGACAGUUUGUGGAACUGAUUUCAAAUAAACUUCAGUAGCUUCAGCCUUCA